UGCAAAUCAACAACUCACAACCACCACUACAACUACCAUUAACAUUAUCAACAUGCCUGCUCUCCGUGCUGCUUCCUACCUCAUUGUCCCCGCCGUCUCUGCCUAUGGCAUGGCUGCAUAUAUCCGCUCUUCAGCUCAACCUGCCCAAGCUCAUUCUCAUUUGAUGUCUCUCAAUGGAUCUGCCCGUGAUGCUCAGUGGCGUAAGAUUAACAAUGGCCUUGGUGUCGAUGUCGGCCGUAGCUGUGGUGAAAUCAACAAAGCAAAGCAAAGAAGGUUGUUUUCUGCUGGUGCUGGUGCUGGUGCUGCUUAA